CCUGUUUACUGUGAAGCCUCAUGAUGAUUGACCUGCAGGAGCUGUGUGCUGGUAUUCCCCUCCACCCUCUACCCCCAAACAGAGGGAGAGAUGAAAGGGUACCUCAUGCCCCUGUUCGGACACCCCAGCUCUCUGCGCAGGAGGAAAAGCUUGCUUUGGAGAACUCCUUGCGCUACUUUCCUCAUGAACAUCAUUCGACACUAGCUCCAGAAUUUGCAGAGGAGCUGAGAUGUUUUGGACACAUCUACAUGUACCGAUUCUGCCCAAAGAUACAUAUAAGGGCUUAUCCAAUCAACGAGUAUCCCUGUAAAACGAAGAAGGCGGCGGCUAUAAUGCACAUGAUUAUGAAUAACCUGGAUCAGGCGGUGGCUCAGUUUCCCCAGGAGUUGGUGACAUAUGGUGGCAAUGGACAGGUCUUCAGUAACUGGGCACAGUUCUGGUUGGUAAUGCAUUAUCUAUCAGAAAUGACGGAAGAACAGACCUUAGUGAUGUACAGCGGUCACCCUCUUGGCCUUUUUCCCAGUCACCCUGGAGCUCCACGACUCGUGAUCACCAAUGGCAUGGUCAUCCCCAACUACUCCUCCAGAAAGGAUUAUGAGAAGAUGUUUGCUCUAGGGGUCACAAUGUAUGGACAGAUGACAGCAGGGAGCUACUGUUACAUUGGCCCGCAAGGAAUUGUGCAUGGCACAGUGUUGACUGUAUUAAACGCUGGAAGAAGAUACCUUGGAUUAGAUGAUCUUACUGGGAAGGUGUUUGUGACCUCAGGUCUGGGAGGCAUGAGCGGAGCGCAGGCAAAAGCGGCUGUCAUUGUGGGCUGUAUUGGGGUCAUUGCUGAGGUCGACGAGAAUGCUCUUGUGAAGAGACAUAAGCAGGGCUGGCUGAUGGAAAUAACAAAGUCUCUGGAUGAAUGUAUCCAAAGGAUCAGAAAAGCAAGGGAGGCUAAGGAAAUUCUGAGCCUGGGAUACCAUGGGAAUAUCGUGGACCUUUGGGAGGGGCUAUUUAAAGAAUACGAGAAGACUGGUGACCUACUAGUGGAUCUUGGGUCGGACCAAACCUCCUGCCACAAUCCAUUCAGUGGCGGAUAUUAUCCGGUGCAGCUAUCGUUUACGGAAGCCAAUCAAAUGCUGUGCAAUGACCCACAGACCUUCCGCCAGCUGGUUCAUGAAAGUUUACGGCGGCAGAUCUCAGCAGUCAAUAAGUUAUCAGAUAAGGGUAUGUUUUUCUGGGACUAUGGAAAUGCAUUCUUAUUGGAGGCACAAAGAGCUGGUGCUGAUGUUGAACGUAAAGGAGCAAGAGGCACAGAGUUUAGAUAUCCAUCAUAUGUGCAACAUAUUAUGGGAGACAUCUUCUCGCUGGGUUUUGGGCCAUUCCGUUGGGUAUGCACCUCCGCAGAUCCAUCUGACCUUGCAGUCACUGACCACAUUGCAGGCACUGUUAUGGAGGGUAUCAUUGCACAAGGAGUCAGUGAUGCUGUGAAGAAGCAGUACAGCGAUAACAUACGAUGGAUCCAAGAAGCUGGGAAACACCAACUGGUUGUUGGUUCUCAAGCAAGAAUUUUAUACUCUGACCAGAAAGGCAGAAUAUCCAUUGCUAUAGCCAUAAACAAAGCAGUAGCCACAGGGCAAGUGAAGGCUCCAGUGGUAAUAAGCAGAGAUCAUCAUGAUGUGAGUGGGACAGAUAGUCCUUACAGGGAAACCUCCAAUAUUUACGACGGCUCUGCCUUUUGUGCAGAUAUGGCUGUACAGAACUUUGUAGGAGAUUCUUUCCGAGGGGCCACAUGGGUAGCUCUUCAUAAUGGAGGAGGUGUUGGCUGGGGCGAGGUCAUCAAUGGAGGCUUUGGUCUAGUUCUAGAUGGAUCUCCAGAGGCUGAGCAAAAUGCUAAAACUAUGCUGAGCUGGGACGUGUCCAACGGGGUGGCCAGACGCUGUUGGUCAGGCAACAGAAAUGCAUAUAAUACGAUUAUCUCCACGAUGGAGGAAGAUAGGAGACUAAGAGUGACUCUACCCUAUGAGAUAAAAGACAAGAGUGUACUGGAUGUGGCACUAUGUGAGAAGUGACCAUUCACUGGAAAGAAGUCUGCCAAAAGUCACUGCUUUUCUGAUCACUGCUCUAGUGAAUUUAGUCUCCACCAAACAUUGAUGGUAAACUGGUGAAUCCUUGUCAAGACCUUAAAUCAAUAAAUAAUCAACAACUGUUUUAUAUGCAAACUGCCACCUUUUGUAUCAUUUAUACUGUGAAUGAGUUUCUGUGCAUUGCUGAUGGUUUAUAAGUAUUUUCAGGGUUAAAUGGUCUGUCUGAUGCCACAGAUACUGCCUCUCUCUUUCUGAUAGAGAAAAGGGGGAUUUCAGAAUCUCCCCUUUCCCAAGUUUAAAGUUCCUUUUUGUCUUUCAAAAAAAAAAACACAAUUUUUUAUUUUAUUUUUUCUUCCAAAUAAGCAGCACUACUUGUUUGAUUCCAGCACAGCUGCAUCCAUGUGUUCUAUUACUCUAAGCCA